GCGGCUGCAGAAGGACGCGGCUUCCCAGGCUCGCCAGCUCCGCUCCCCGGGGCUCCCUGACUUUAUUUGGGAAAACCAAGGUGCUCCGGGAGCAGGGAGGCGCUGGAAAAGCGUCCCGGCCCGGGAAUUGCGGGGAAAAAGCGUCCCUGGUCCGUCCCAUGGUGCCGGCAGGGCAGCCCGGGCAGGACUGAGAUGUCCCCGCGGCAUCGGGAGCGAUCGAGCGGCCACGGGAGGMGCCGGGAGCCGGGGAGAUGAACCGGGAGGGGGAUGAUGGAAUGGGUGACAUCAUCGGGAAAGCGGCCCCGCCGCCCGCGGACGGCAGCUAUAAAAAGGCCCAGAAGAAUGAGCGCGAGUCCAUCCGGCAGAAGUUGGCCCUGGGCAGUUUCUUCGACGAUGGCCCCGGGCUCUACACGAGCUGCAGCAAGAGCGGCAAGCCCAGCCUAUCCUCACGGUUACAGAGCGGGAUGAACCUGCAGAUCUGCUUUGUCAAYGACAGUGGCAGUGACAAGGACAGCGACGGCGAUGACAGCAAGACAGAGACCAGCCUGGACACACCYCUGUCACCCAUGAGCAAGCAGAGCUCGUCCUACUCGGACCGGGACACGACGGAGGAGGAGUCGGAGGCGCUGGAGGACAUGGAUUUCCUGAGCAGGCAGAAGAARCUCCAGGCUGAGGCCAAGAUGGCCCUGGCCAUGGCCAAACCCAUGGCCAAAAUGCAGGUGGAGGUGGAGAAACAGAACAGGAAAAAAUCGCCCGUGGCGGAUCUGCUGCCCCACCUGCCCCACAUCAGUGAGUGCCUGAUGAAGAGGAGCCUGAAGCCCGCRGACCUGCGGGACAUGACCUUCGGGCAGCUCCAGGUCAUUGUCAACGACCUCCACUCGCAGAUUGAGAGUCUGAACGAGGAGCUGGUGCAGCUGCUGCUGAUCCGGGACGAGCUGCACACGGAGCAGGACGCGAUGCUGGUGGACAUCGAGGACCUCACCAGACACGCCGAGAGUUUACAAAGUGCUCAGAGAGCUUCUGUAACAGCUUUUGUACCUGUGGAACAAACUUUCAUCCCUUCAAAUGAACAGUAA